AAAAUAGCCGUGAGGUAAAUUUCAAUAGGUGACGACGUCUGCAGGCGAAAAAGUCAUUGACAUAUUUACAAGAACGCUAAGAAAUGCCGUGUGUUCGAAUCAAAGAAGCUUAUCACAAUACUAAGCAUAUCAUUGAUGACAUCGAGUUAAGUUGCAAAGUUGAGGAAUUGAAGGAAAAGGCAGCAGCGAAGACGAACAUACCGAUUGACCAGCAGAGUGAGAUGAUCAUUGGACUUUUUUAACCCAUAAAAGUGUCUAUUUUUACCACUAUAUCCUCCCAUUUCCUCCAUAAAACUUCUCAAUUUGAUGCUUGAAAAAAAACCAGUCUGCCAUCUUUCAUUUAAAAGCGGUCAAUAAGAAAAGUCAAGGAACACAUCAUUGUGAAACAAGCGUGCAGCUGUCGUGGAUGCCGGGAAACUGUAAAAAUACCAAAGAAAACACUCGAUCGAAGGAAAUCUUUUUAUUUUGUUGAAAAUGUUUUAGCUCAUCAAGUAGUUGGAAAUAUUAUAUCAGAUCCCUUGUAUUUUAAGAUGGUUAUCAGAUAUUUUAAGUAUUGAGAUGUAAGAUUUACAAAUUAUAUUUUAUACUCUGUUGACCCAUACGAUAGAUUCACUGAAGCUAUAAAUUGUCUUCUUUAGAUUUUAUAUUUGCUGGAGAACUGCUUAAGGACGAGAAAACUCUGGACUCUUAUGGAAUCAAAGAUGGAUUUACUAUUUAUGUGAUGAUAAAGAACCCUGAACCAGAACCCAUAGGUGAAAAUGACGCAUUUGUUUUUUAGAAUAUAUGUGCUUGCCAAAUUAAAGGCAGUUAUUCAGGAAGUAAGUAAUUAAGUGUUAACAACUGAGUUUAAAACAUAAAUUGGCCACUGUAAAGAUUGAAAAGGCUGAUGUUUCGAGCAUUAGCCCUUUGUCGGAGGAAUUGGGGACAAUCACUCUAAUAAAGAGCUAAUACUUGAAAUGUCAGCCUUUUCACUCUUUAUAGUGACCAAUUUACAUUUUCAACUCAGUUGUCAACACUAAAUUACCUGCUAUACUCUCCCACUGAUGCAGCACCACAGUUUCCUUAGAAACUUACCCCCUUUAUUCAGUUAUUCAGGAAGUCAGGUUGUAUCAAGUUAUGUUUGGAAAAUUCAGUCAUCCAAGUUAAGUUGUUUGAUGAUUAGACAAGCAGUAGAUCAAUUGCUAUCUGGUUUGUUCUGUGGACAGUUUUAGGCUGGAUAGUAAUAAAUCCAGUGGAGAGGGUUUUAUCCCCUUUCAAACAAGUGAGGCAAGAUCACCUAACUAGAUAAAGUACAGAGCAAGCACAAUGAGACCUUUUUCCUAUGCGCUUGAGCUCCUUAGCUCAUCUAGUGUUAGAAUAGACUUAAUACUUAAUUCAUGUUGGAUGCUAUGAAAUACCUUGGGUCAGAAAUUGUAAAUUCUGAAUAUUUCUGAGACAAAGAAUGCUACAGAGGUAGACUCUCUACUUUUAAUUGUAAAUGUCUGUUCUUCUUUAUAGCUUGGUAUAUAGAGGCCACUUCCUAAUUAUUUUAAUUUUUUUCAGUUCAAUUUCUUAAUAUAGUAUUGUUAAUUAAAGCAAACACAUCCUUUUUUUUUGUUUAAUGUCAUUUAAUUUUUCACCCAAAAGAACUUGAUUCAGAUGAUGUGCCAAUCACUGAAGUGAUCCCUGUCUUAGAGGCAGCCAUCAAGAGCCCUUCCUACAGAAAUACAGUAAGUUUCAGAUCUCUUGAAAAUUUUGCUGUUUUUCAUAAAAAACUUUAGGAGUAAAAAGUAUUUUUUUUCUGAUUCAACUGGUUUUUUUUGUUGUUGUCAGGUUGAAAAAAUUCUUACCAAUCCAGACAUGCUUGAACAACUGACUGUAGCCACUCCAGGAUUAUCAUCUGAUCAUGUUGCUAUGAGUGAGUAUUUCUGAUUACAAUGAAUUGUUAUAACUGUUUAUGACAUAAUGUCAGGUUAUAAGGCAGAGGGUUCAUGCUGUGAUAGUAUGGUUAAUUACCCUUGCACAAGAUACCAGCAUAUUGCAAAGUCACCCCCUUGUCCUUUAAUUUGCCAGGUUUUCCAAACAGUUUUCAGGUACCCAUUGAUAAUCCUAGGUGGAGAAAUAUUCUCUGACAGUAGUGACUUACCAAAGAAUCCAACAUAAGAACCUAGUUAGUGGUUGAAUCACCCUGGACUUAGUGAUCCAAGCCCACACACUACAACCACGUGGCCUCAGCAUCUCUCACUACUUAUCAACCAAAUGUAAAUUCUAUGUAAUAUUUUUGUACAUCAUAGGUUGUAUGUAAAGAAUAUGAGCUUGGUGAACAUCUGAUUUCAUGCUCUGAUGCUCCACUAGACUACCACUGAGCCAGUCAGAGACUCUACAGUGAGCAAGGUCUAUUACAAAGUUCAUAUGACAUGUGUCCUGCAUAAUGCCUUUAAUGUUCUGAUCCUAACAGGAACUCAGGGACUCAGAAUUAUUUUCUUUGUCCCACACUUGUGACAAGGCAAAAAACAUCUUCCUCAAUUUCUUUACCAAGCUCAAAACUUACCAUCUCUGUUAUUCUUUACAAACAUGAUGCUAUUGACAAUGCUGAUCCUAGCAGUAUGCAGGAUGUGUGUCAUGUGAACUUCAUAAUAGACCUCACUUACUGUAGGGUCUCUGUGGCUCAGUGGUAGAGCAUCAGAGGUCUCAGGUUCAAUUCUUCAAGGGAACUCAGAAUUCUUUCUUUGUCCCACACACAUGACAAGACAAAAAACACUUUUCUUGAUUUCUGAUCAUAGGUUGUUAUUCAUGUACCAUACAUAUACAUCUGUUGACCUUCCUUGUGGUUAAUGAUCUCGUCAGAGAUAUUUUAAAUGUUUUUCUGCCCAAAUGCUAAUCCCUUUUCUCUUACUGUAAUUUACUUAUUUGUGGUUCAGUUCUUUAAUAUUUACUUCUUUUUAUUUCUGUGCUACUGAAGAAUAAAGUUAAACAUUUGAAUCACUUUAUGUGCAUAUGUUUUUCCAUGUAAUUCUUAGCUCUUCUUCAAGAUCCUGAACUUCUUGAACAACUUGUACAGACAGCAAACGUUGAGACGUAAGUGAAAUUAACUUUUCUCUCUAAGUUGUUCACUGUUUACGAAUUUCUGUCUUCUUGUUUUACAAUAACCUUUCAAUAGUUUUAAUAACAGCCAUAAAUUGAAUGUGAUCUUGAACUCUCUGUGCAAAUUGUUACCAACUGAAGCUUUUUGUAAUCAUCUUUUACAGGGUAAUGCGAGAACAUCCAAGCCUGGUUCAGGCAGCUUCCUACAUUGCUGCAGCAAUUGCCAAGGAGGGAGGGGUUGGUAAACAUUCCACCAGGAGUCACAUGGCUGGUGACACAUAUGAUUCUGAUGAUGAACUGCGAGGCAUGGAUCCAGGGGUGAGAUAUCAUGUUUUGUGUCCUAUCACAUCUAAAAUUUUUAUUAGAUGUUAAUUUGAGUAUUAUCUUUCAUCCAUAGCUUGUUGCUCAAGCUGAACUGGUGGCAGCAAAUGAAGAGAGUAUCCAAGCAUUAAGAUCUGCUGCGGCCUCAAGAGGAGCAUCAUCAUCUCGGCAACCAGUCACAUCAUCAUUAUUAUCAUCGGCUUUAGCUAAUGCAGGAAUUUCUCCAGGUUCUUCAACACGCAGUGAAGGUUUGUGCAGUGUCCUUUGUAAAUAAAAGAUGUAAGUGAGGGUAUUAGUUCAAAAUUAUGCUGUCAUGUAUGUACAGUGUGCUGACACAAUAAUCCUUUUGAGCUCUGAUUGUUGGUUACAUUGAAUUCUGAUGGCAUGCGCACUAUUUGUUAUCAAGAAGAUGUGAUGUGUACAAAAGCAACAACUACAUUAUGGGUGAGAGGAUGAAGAAACUCCUUUUUUCCAUGCAAACUAUAAUUUUUCCACUACAUAAUUGCUGGCAUCACUAGAAGUCGAUAUUUCCCAUAGGAUUGGCCAUAAAGGCUUGACUGUAUUGUAUUUUAAGAGAAAUGUAAUUCACUUUUUUAGCUGGGCCAUCCACAAGCAGAGGUGCUUCAACAUCAGCUUUCUCACCAGUCAUCCCAUCAACAAGUAGAGGUACAAGAGCGUCAAGUUCACGACCAACCAUAACAAGAGAUAUGGUCAGUGAAGCGGUGGCAUCUGUUAUGAACAUUUCUCAGCAAUCAUCUCAGCUUCAGGUUAGAAACUCAUUGAUCUCACUGUUGACAUUCUGGGGACUAAUAUGGAUAUUAAGUUAUUUUUUCUGUUUAACUUGAUUGUUACUUGUGAAUCCAUUCAAUUAGAAAGGAAUAAUCUCUAUUGAAUUUAUCCGACACUGCUGUUGGUUCGUGAACUUUUGCAUCACAUCAUUCUGACUUUAAACAUUUCUGUGCAAUAAUUAUAUCAACUUCAUUAAGUGAUAUUUGUCACCUUCUAACUCCCAUCAAGACCUCCUUAAUUUAAUGUAUUCCAAUUUUUGUUCACAUUCCAACAAAUUUACAUUAUAUGGUUGUUCAGAUCCCAGCCCUUUUGAGUUAUUGAAACAAUUAUUAUAACUUUUAAUUUUAGAUCAUAAUAAUUUUAAUGAGUGUAACUGAUACUAUUUCACACAUAUGUGUGAGCUACUUAUUAAUCUAUCAGUUGAUAAAGAUAAGUGAUAACCAUUUUUGGAAUAUUUCCAGUCACAGUUGCAGCAACUCAGAGAUAUGGGAAUCACAGAUGAUGCACUCAGUAUCCAGGCUCUCACUGCUACUGGUGGUAACGUCCAAGCUGCCCUUGACUUGAUAUUUGAAGGAUUAUAA